AGUGACUCAGGUUCGGCCCUAAGCGGCCUGCGCGGGAACCUGUUUUGACCAAGAUCAUAUACCGCCGUGGGCCGUACACUUCGUUUCUCUCGCAAAAAUGAGGAAGCGAUAGGCAGAUAAUCGGAAUCUUGCAAAGGAACAAGAUACCUAGGGUCAACAGGAAAUCUGGCUUGCGGUCAUCGCAGAUCGUCGUCGGAAUGGGGGCUCCCACCAACCACGAACUCAACGCUAAGCGCGAGCAGCACUGCAUAUCCGUCACCCCAGAAAGAAAAUACUACCGGUAUGGCAACACGUGGAUCAAGCGGAGCCUCAGGCCGACCGAGUGGCAGAAGCACGGCGGCUUCAUGUUCGUGCCCAAGUUCAACACGGAGCGCAUAAUCAACGAGGGCGCCUGCCUGCGCUUCGUGGCCGAGCACACCGACAUACCCGUGCCGCGGCUGCACGCGUGCUUCGAGGACGACGGGGCCGCCUACCUCAUCACCGAGUUCGUCGAGGGCAUCGCGCUCGGCCAGCUCGAGCCGGCCCAGCAGCGCAUCGUGGUGCCCGAGCUGGAGCGCCACAUGGCCGCGCUCAAGGUCCUGACGUCGUCCCGCUGGGGCGGGCCCGAGGGGGUGGUCCUGCCCCCCUACCGCGUCAUGCGGCGCUCAAAGGGACACCCGUGGCUCAUGCGCCGCCGCGGCGACGGCGAGAGCCUCGUCUUCUGCCACAACGACCUCUCGGCCAACAACAUCAUCGUCGACCCCUACACGCUGCGCAUCAAGGCCAUCAUCGACUGGGAGUACGCCGGCUUCUUCCCGCCCGAGUUCGACAAGCCGUUUUACCUGAGGCCCGGCCCGCCCGUGGCGCUGCAGGGCGAGGUCGACGAUGUGCCCGCGCUCGAGGCCGCCAUCGACCGCGAGAGGGUCUACGGGAACGGCCACCACUCCUCCGAGUCCACCUCGACCCGCGGGAGCCAGGCCAGCCAGACCGGCUCCCAGCCGUCCUCGGCCCGCUCGAGCCAGGAGUAGGGGAGGGCUGGCGGCGGCCGCUGCUCAUGUUUUCUGUUGGGGGUGCGUUGGCGGUGCCAAUGACAGAGUCAGUCACUCGCUUGGCCUUGUUUGCUUGGUAGAGAUUUAUUCUAUGGGUUGUGUUUAUCAAAUUUCAUCAGGGCCCCUCGUCAUCGAGGGUUGACCCGUGUUCAACGUGGUAUCUUGCAC